AGGCGAGGUAGCGCGGGUCGGGACUCACCUGGAGUGGGCGUUGCGAGGCGCUGGUUAAAGUCAGGCUGCCGGGGGCGGGGCUUAGUAAGGAAACACAGCCGCCCGGGGUCCGACGCUUGCAGUGACUGACUCGCAGGGACAAGUAGUGAUACCGUGCAGUUUGGGCUUCCGCGGAUCACGUGAUCAGGAGCGAGUGACGCAGUUUUUACGGCAAACGGUAACCCCGCUAAGGCGGAGAGUAGACACAGCGAUGGCGGCUUGGCUCCGCGGGCUCCUCGUCCUCCUAAUUCCCUUAGCUUUGGCGGACACCGAGCUGCCCUGUGACGGUUACGAGGUGGUGGAGGGUUUCGGUCUGGAGGAUGUAGAGGCGCCCUCUCAGUUUGGAGUGAAGCUGCUGGAGCCCGCUGAGGAGGUGGAGGACGAGCGGACGUGCUGGAGCCGCUGCUGUGACAACAAAGCCUGUGACCUGGCCUCGGUGUCCGCCGGCAAGUGCUACCUGAUCCGGUGUAACGUCGUAGGCUUCGACAUGUCCGGCCUGACUCAGAUGGAGGGCGCUAGGACCUACAAGAAGCAGAACCUCGGGGUCCAGCCCACACAGGAAGAUUUCUGCCUGCCAGAAAAGAAAACCGGAGAUUGCCGAGCAUUUUUCACAAGAUGGUGGUACAAUGCCGAGACUGAGACCUGUCAGAACUUCACCUACGGAGGUUGUCCUGUAAACCUGAACAACCAUAUGGGAGAGGAAGAAUGUAUGCAGAAAUGUCAAGGUUUAAGAGCUGUGAAGGUCAGGAAUGCUGAAGCGCCCAGUAAACGUAUGGUGUCCGCCCUGUCUGUUCCAGACUACUGUUCGGGGUCCGGUGUGACUGGCAACUGCCGAGCUUCUUUCCCUCGUUGGUAUUUUGACGCAGAAUCCAUGUCCUGCCAGCAGUUCACCUACGGCGGCUGCGGAGGCUCCAAAAACAACCACCUGUCUGAGCAAGAGUGCAUGGCCAAAUGCGUGGGACCAAAACCAGAACCUGAGAAAGUUCACGCUCCCAAAAAAGGAGAUUUUGCAGAGUACUGCGCUGCAUCUUAUUUUACUGGACCUUGCCGUGCUGCCUUCAAGAGGUGGUUCUAUGACCCUACAUCAAGCUCAUGCAAAACGUUUGUGUAUGGCGGCUGCGGUUCCAAAAGCAAUAACUACCUCAAUGAGGCUGACUGUAUGGACAUGUGCUCAGGACGCACAGAAGACGAAGACUUUGCCGAUCACAGCGUCAUGCAUCGCUCUGUGACUGCUGUGGUGCUGCCCAUCCUGCUUGCCCUCCUGGCUGCCACAUUGGUUGGCAUCAUGAUCCUGUUCUUCGUGAAGGUGGCAAGGAAGAAUCAAGAGACUGCAGGUUUCCGAGCCAUGUGGAACCCCAUUGAUGACAAGGAGUGCCUUAUGAACAGCGCAUACACCCUUUAAGAGAGUAAAAAAAUAAAAUCUAAAAGUAUGAACACUCCGUUUUAUACCAAGGCCUAUAAUAAAACUCCUAUGCUACUGCUAACAUAUCUCACUUGGUUCUAAUUGGAACUCCUCGGGGACCAAGGUUUCCAGCAAAAGAAUUUACAUUUUCCCUUCAGUAACAAAACCAGAAAUCAUUACUUGCCUUCAGUUACAUUUUAGAGCGGACUCCUCAGUGAAAUGUAAUGUAUAUUCUAUUUUACAGAUAUAGAAAUUUUCUUAUCGGUAGUUUUAGCUGAACAAUAAGUUGUAUUUUACGGUACUUGAUUUACUGGUUUCCUGAACUCUAAUGACAUGUAUGUAGCUUUUUAAGGUUUCUUUAGAUAGAUCUUCUCCUCAAUUGUCACUCCGUUCCUUGGGAGUAGGAUCUCUUCAGAGCAGGUGUAUAAGCCCUGUAUGUUCUGGAAGAUAUGUAGGCCGCAGGUUCUAGUGAGCUGGUAUUCUGCAUGCAGUUGGGUAAGGGUGCCUUCAAACGCUGCAGAUUUUGUUGCAGAAAUUUCCGCGACUGAAACGUAGGGAGUGAUGAGUAUCUUCCAGACCCCUAUGGUUCUGCUUGGACAAGAUGUGAUAAUCACAUUUACUCUGUUCUCACCAUAGACUCUGGUCUAGAAGUUAGCAGUGUCUGACUACUCUGUGGGAUCUCACGUUGGAAUGUACUUGAGUUUUAGGUGGGCUAUGUGGGCUUGUGUGGUAAUGGUCAACUAGACCUGGACUCUGGACAAGAAGUCAGGACUUCUUGGACAUGUGUUUGCAACUUGAAGCCACAUUCUCUGUAACCUAUACACUUACUGAAGGGAAUGGUACUUUACUAAACUGUGAUCAGAUGACCUGUUGUAUAUAGUACUACAGUUUUUAAUCGGGGUUGUACAUUACACAUAAGUAUAGAACAAAGGGCGUGGUUGGUAAUCUCUAUUCCUGACCCCUGUAUGAUUAGCGGCUGCAUCUGUCCACUUAAUAAUAGUCAUGACUUAAAGGCACCUUCGGGCAGUUUUUUUUUUUUUUUUAUGAUUGCAUUUUAUUCUGAUCUCCUGACCUCAUAAACAUGCAUUAUAGCUCAACUAUUAAAUUGGUAACAAUAUGGCUUAAAUGAGUGUUUGAGGUCAGGAGAUCAGACAUAAGAGCUACACAUGAGCUGUCAGUUGUUGGGACUGAAAAAGUAAUACUCUCAAAAAUGGCUGAAUAUUUUUAAUAAAGACGAAUUUUGUAUUUUAUAGCCCAAAAUGAGUAAACUGUAAUCCUAAAACAAACUGCCCCGAAGGUGUCCAUAGCCUUCAAAGGGGUUGUGCCAAGUUUUGGUAUCCCACUAUCUACACGAUAGGGGAGAUAACUAACUGAUCAUUGUGGGUUUGACCACUGGGCCUGGCACUACGCCUGAGAACAAGGGUCCCAUAGCUCUGUCCUGAUGCUCCAUGCCACUCCAUUCAUUCUCUAUGGGACUGCUGGAGAUGGCAGAGUCAAGCACUCGUCAAUCUCCCGCUUUCCCAAACAGAUUGAUUAGAGCGCUGCAAUACAUGCAUGACCUGCCGCUUCAUCAGGAAUCCUAUUCUCGGGAUCAGCAAUCAGGGGAUAACUUAAAAACUUGGCAUGACCCUUUUAAUGUAGGACAUUGCCUCCUGAAUCACUCCACCCUCUCUCUACUACUUGACUGUUCCUACAAGUAAAUCUGCACAGUAGUUUUAAGAGUUUUCUUUAAAUGUCUAAGGUUUUUGUUUUUUUGUUAUAAAAUUUUCUGUUUUUAUUAAAUCGGACAUCUGUUUUCUGAGCCUUUCUUUAUAAGCUUUGAAUAAAAUCUUUACAUACAGAA